AUGUCGAGGGGGCGCGUGCGGCCCCUCCUCGACGUAGGGGGAGGGGAGGCUAGCGGGCGGGCCAGGGGAGGUGCACGUGCGCGACGUCGAGCGCGAGGAUGUCGAGGGGGGCGCGUGCGGCCCCUCCUCGACGUAGGGGGAGGGGAGGCUAGCGGGCGGGCCAGGGGAGGUGCACGUGCGCGACGUCGAGCGCGAGGAUGUCGAGGGGGGCGCGUGCGGCCCCUCCUCGACGUGGGGGGAGGGGAGGCUAGCGGGCGGGCCAGGGGAGGUGCACGUGCGCGACGUCGAGCGCGAGGAUGUCGAGGGGGCGCGUGCGGCCCCUCCUCGACGUGGGGGGAGGGGAGGCUAGCGGGCGGGCCAGGGGAGGUGCACGUGCGCGACGUCGAGCGCGAGGAUGUCGAGGGGGGGGAGGUGCACGUGCGCGACGUCGAGCGCGAGGAUGUCGAGGGGGGCGCGUGCGGCCCCUCCUCGACGUGGGGGGAGGGGAGGCUAGCGGGCGGGCCAGGGGAGGUGCACGUGCGCGACGUCGAGCGCGAGGAUGUCGAGGGGGGCGCGUGCGGCCCCUCCUCGACGUGGGGGGAGGGGAGGCUAGCGGGCGGGCCAGGGGAGGUGCACGUGCGCGACGUCGAGCGCGAGGAUGUCGAGGGGGGCGCGUGCGGCCCCUCCUCGACGUAG